AUGACGGAAUCCUUCCAGCGAUACGAUCUGCUCGAUGCCUUCGUCCAGUACCACCAAAACCAAGAAGCACAAACACGCAGUUCCCUAGGCGGACCGGCCCUCCCAGCACUCGGCCAUGCCCUCUCCGGCUCAGCCGGCACCGCCAUCUCCAACCUGAUCACCUACCCACUCUCCCUUGUAAUCGCCCGCCUCCAAGUGCAAAAGCAGUUCGCAAACGAAGCCGACAACAAGGACGAUGUCGAAUACAAAAGCGUCCUCGACGCAGCGCAGAAGAUCUACGAGCACGAAGGCGGCGUCUCAGCCUUCUACAGCGGGGUGCUACAAGACACAGCCAAGAGCGUCGCGGAUUCCUUCCUCUUCUUUCUGGCCUACAACUACCUCCGCGAGCGGCGCCAGCGCCGCAAUGGCUCCAAACUUCCCAUGCUCGACGAGCUCAGCGUCGGCAUGCUCGCCGGCGCAUUUGCCAAGCUCUUCACCACCCCGAUCCAGAACAUCGUUACGCGGAAGCAGACGGCUGCGAUGAUAGCAGCGCGCUCGCGCAACCCCUCUGUCCACCCCCAGCUCAGCACCAAGGACAUCGCGCUGCAGAUCCGCGACGAGAAGGGGCUCCAGGGCUUCUGGUCGGGGUACUCGGCUGCGCUGGUCCUGACGCUGAACCCGAGCCUCACGUUCCUGCUGCAUGAGAUGUUUCUGCGCACGCUGGUCCCGCGGUCUAAGCGGGAUAACCCCGGCGCAAGACUCACGUUUCUCUUGGCGGCGGCUAGCAAGGCCAUCGCCUCAAGUGUUACUUAUCCUUUCGCGCUCGCUAAGGCGCGCGCGCAGGUGUCAUCGCAGAAGCCGAUGUCUUCUACGGAUACGACAUCAGAGAAGUUCACAGACCCUGUGACGGCAAGACCUGCAAGGCGGGCGACGAGGAAUACAAUUUUCCACACAAUACUCAGGAUCGCGAAGACAGAGGGGAUCAUGGGGCUGUAUCAGGGCUUGGGAGGGGAUGUGCUGAAAGGUGUUUUCCAGCAUGGGCUGACUAUGCUGAUGAAGGAGCGGAUUCACGUCAUGAUCGUGCAGGUAUACUACCUCAUCCUGCAGGCACUGAACAAGUAUCCAAGUCCGGGGGAGGUGGCGAAGGCGGUUAGUGAGCAGGCGCAAGAAGCGAAGAACUCGGUGAGCGAGAGGACGGCGCCGAUGAUGGCAAGCGCGCAGGAUGCGCUGCAGGGCGGGACGGAGAAGGCAAAGGAGUGGUAUGCGUCGGGUUCGGCUGCGGCAACUGGGGGCUUGGAGAAGGGAAAAGAGAUGCUUGGCGGAGGUUCAGAGAAGGCUCAAAAGGUGUACGAGCAGGGAAAGGAGACGGUGUCUAACGCAACAGAAAAGGUGUCGGAAGUCUACGAGUCAGGGAAGGACCGAUCAUCGACUGUUUACGUGCAAGGGAAGGAAAAAGUGUCAGAUUUAAAGGAACAAGCGUAUGAGAGCGGGAAGCAAGGGACUCAGAUCGCUGUUGAUAAGAUAUCUGGUACGGCUGAAGAUGUUAGGGAUGUAAAUGGUAUGGACGAAAAGUAG